AUGUUGCUUUCCAGCUCCGAAUCGAGCAUUUUCAGCGAUACUGAUUAUGAUGUUAGCAGUGAGGACGAGUGCAACUACAGCAACGCAGAUGAAAACAUAAAAAAUGUGAAAUUCUUCAAUAAAAUAAUAAUCAAACUGUUUUUAAAAAAUAGAAAAUACUAUGAACAGGUAAAAAAAAUUGCACUUAGCUAUAUUAGCAAAAUUGAAGACAUCCAAUUCUCGCAUAUUCAAAACAGUGAACAGGGAAGCCAUGAGCACAUAUACAAUUUUUAUUUUGACAUGUACGAUGCGAUUCAGCAUGGAGAGAACAAAUUGAUAUAUUACAUGCAGAAUAGCUUCCACAAAUUUAUCGAUGUUAUGAACAACUACUCCAUUCCUUUUUUUUUUCGACUUAUCUUCCUGAGUUGCUAUUUCGAGUUUUUGUAUAACAGAGAGGCAAAAAAGGACGUAAGUAGUGAUAGCGAUCUUGGGCAGGGAAGGAGCCAUUCUCCUACCAGUGAUGUGGACAAUCGGGGGGAAGCUGCGGGUGUUCAGUGCGUGUAUACAGAUGGUUUACGGGAAGACGGUCGCGCCUGCGUUGGGUACGGAGAUAUUUUGACGAAGAGGGAGCAUAACGAAGCGGUAGGCGAGGAUAACCUAGGAGAAGAGCCGAACGCGGGUACCGAGGGUGGGGGCUUAAUCGAGGAGAUUAACAAUGAGAAGGGAAGCUACCGAAAUGGAGGGAGCACCGAUGAGAAGGGAAGCUACCCAAAUGGAGGAAGCGCCGAUGAGAAGGGCAGCUAUCAAAAUGGAGGAAGCACCGAUGAGAAGGGCAGCUAUCAAAAUGGAAGCACGUCCUUAGAUUCGGACGAGGAUCGGCGCGCAGAAGACCCCUCCCUCUACGAUUUCAUAGUCUACAAUUUCAGCAAAGACAAAAAGGUUAUGGAAGAAAUAGACGUAUACAGUGCGUGUCUGAUAAAAGGAAUUCUCUACUCAUACAAAGAUUACGAUUUUUUAAAAGACGAAAACACGAAAACUAAAAUAAAUAAUUGCUUGAAAAUGAUCUUCGAAAAACAAAAUAUAAAAAUUAUGUGCCGAGUGGCAAAUGUACCCUACCUGCAUGAUACCCACAUUAACUACUUGCAAGAAAUACGGAGUAAGCAUAUCGGUAAGUUCGUAAGCACAGAGGGGAUAAUAACCCGCGUAGGAGAAAAGAAAAUAUUGGAAGAAUGCAAAAAGUACAGAUGUAUGAAGUGUGAUAGCAUAAUUAAAAAAAAGGCCAUUCCAGAGUUGUAUUACAAUACGCAGACGGUGUUUAAGUGCCCCAAUACUCAGAUUAACACGAAUAUACCCCCUUGCUAUAGAAACGAUUUGGUAAGCGAAGUGGGAAGGAAAGAAAUGAAUUUGAGAAGGAAGUAUAUGAAAGAAGACACGGCUCAAGAAAGCAGGAUGGGGGAAGCAGUGGCGUAUGUCAAAAGCGACGCCAAGCAUGACAAUAAAAAUGGUGUGCAGAGUGACGCUAACUAUAGAUCAAAACGCAAUGCCAACAAGCGCAAUACCAAAUCGAAUGUCGCACACAACGGAAACUGUCAUAGUAAGAACCCAUAUAUUGAAAAAAAAUGUAAUGGCACAAAUUUCGAAUUCUUAGAGAGCGAAGUUAAACGAGUAGAUUACCAAGAAAUAAAAAUAAAGGAAUCGAGUAAAACGAAUAUCCCAUACUCCAUUACGGUGGUCCUUUUGGAAAACCUAGCUGGGAAAUAUCACCCGGGGAAGAAAGUAAUUAUAAAUGGGAUCAUCCUGCGCAGGUGGAAGAAAUUGUAUAAAGACAUUAGAUGCGACUCAGAGUUAUUCAUCGAAGCAAACAAUGUCGAAAUUAAAGAGCUGGAGGGUUCUAGGUGCAAAGAGGUAGCACUGGACGAUGAGUUUGCUAAGUGUAUAAAUGCCCUAACGAAUGAGGCGCAGGCAUGUGGAGAGGCGUCCACUGGGGAGGGUAGUGGUACUGACAAGGAAAAGAACGAUAAUGUGAAUGGAAAUCUUGGGGAUGACCCCUCGGCGAGCCCCACACGCGAUGAAAAGGGAAGACUCAUAAGCUCAUCACAUUUGAGCAGUGCACAUUGUGUUGGAACAAAUCGGGAGAAGGACCCUCAGCAGGGAGGGGCACAUCCUGAGAAGGACCCCCAGCAGGGAGGGGCACAUCCUGAGAGUGCCGCUGGAAAGACUCCCCCAAGUGGUAGCAAAAUGAACAGAAAAAAAAAUAAGCCGAAGGAAAAUACAACAGAUGCAGAGAUAGAUGUCCCAGAAAGGAGCCUGUUUGAAAAAUAUUGGCUCCUGUUCAAAAAUAACAAAGUGGAAGGAAAGAGACACCUGUGCGAUAGUAUAUGCCCCAAUUUGUACAAUUGCAAAUUGUCCAAAAUAUCGGUGCUGCUGGUGCUAAUAGGGGGGAACAAAAUAAAUGAAUAUGAUUCCUUUUACAAUGAGAAUAAUAAGUGGAAGAAGUAUUUCAACCGAAGCAAUGAAAAGGCAGGGACGACGCGGGUGGACCGGAAUGGCGGCCACGACGAUGGCGACGAUGAUGGCGACGAGGAGGAGCAGCGGCAGGGGCAGGGGCAGAGGCAGGGGCGGAGGCAGUGGCAGGAGGAAGAAGAAGAAGAAGAAGGUGAUGAGUCCUCCAGUUGCGAAAACGCACAUGUGAGUAGGGCGAAGAACCGAAAGGGGGAUAAUAAUAACACCAAGGAAGGAGGACGAACAAAUGAUGGAAACGAAAACGCAGCGAGGAAACGACGCAGAGAGAGGAGAGCAAAGAAUAGGAAGAGGAGAGGAAAAAAUUUCUCUUCUGACAAUUGUGACAAGAGAACACUGUGCCAUUUGUUGCUUGUGGGAGAUCCAGGGACAGGAAAAUCUCAGCUAUUGAAGGAAGUACAAAAAAUCAGCAACAUUUGUAUGAACGUGUCAGGUAUGUUUUGUACCACUGCUGGCUUGACUUGUGCAGCCAUAAAAGAGGGAAACAAUUUUAUGUUAGAAAGUGGAGCUCUAGUUUUGGCAGAUAAUGGAGUAUGUUGUAUUGACGAAUUUUGUUUAAUGAAGAAUGAAAAUAAGAAUGCUAUUCACGAGGCAAUGGAACAGCUAACCAUUUCCGUAGCCAAGGGUGGAAUCGUGGAUAAAUUAAAUUGUAGGUGCACUAUUAUCGGUGCGUCUAAUUUCGAGUUACAUAAAACGGUUAAGGGUAAUUUAUCAUCUUCUUGUGACAAUAAGGCUCUCAUUAUUAACCUUUCGUACGCGCUGCUCAGCAGAUUCGACAUGGUUGUAAUAACAGAGGAUAAUAAUGAAAUAGAUUCGAAGAUUGCUGACUACGUGUUGUCACAGGAUGUGCAGUCUGGUUGUGCUACGGGUGGUUUAGUGAAGGAGGGGGCAGGCAUGUGGGGCAGCGCUGUGCAGGAAGGCACCAAAAUUGUAUGGUCUAGCGAAAAGCUGAAGGAGUAUAUUUACUACGUGAAGAAUAACUGCUCCCCCAAUUUUAAUAAGAACUCCAAGCUGAUUUUAAUUACAUACUAUUCGAUGUUACGGAAGCAUAAUAAUGGCAAUAACGGAACGACCAUUAGGACGUUAGAGAGUUUGAUACGGCUAAGUGAGGCGCAUUCGAAAAUGAUGCACAACGACACGGUGUCUUCUGACGAUGUGAUUAAUAUCGUUUUGCUAUCGGAGCUGAGCUUGCGUGGGUAUAAAAUAGCCGUGAAAACGAACUCGAAUAAUAUUCUCAUAGCUAGGUCGGGCAUACUGGACAACUUAAACGACUCGCUGCUCUUUUAUAAUAAUAUGCAUAGGACGUUUUACUCCUUGGACGACGUUUUAUUUUACGAGUCGUUAUACAAUUAUUUUAAGAAGCUCCUUUUGGAGAAGCUCAGUUUGAUGGAGCGGGACGGGGGGAUCCACCGCAUGGCGCUGUAG